AGACCGGAGCAGACGGCUGAAAGUAGUUUAAUUAUUGGCCGCUAGGGUACAGAAUGUACGUCGCUCACCCGAAUUUUUCACGCAACUAUAGCUAAAUAGAGCUAGUUCUAGUUUGUGAUUCAAUUUGAUACUUCAGAUUUGGGUAGUAGACCAAUAUAACUUAGUCGUCAGUGUGGUUUUAAGCUGGAAAAACGUAUUUGUUUUUCUUAAAGUGCCUUUUUUGGACGGGUGUGUGCGAUUGUUUUGUUUUUAUGUCACGUGACCUCGAUCAUGUCGACACAAAAUUGAAAUAAACCACCCUUUUUUGUCAUUAUUUAGGACGGAUAUUUCUCUGAUAAAAAUAUUAAUAUAAUUGGCCAAUUUCUUAGGCAUAUGAUGUAGCGAAUUCCCAUGAAGAUUUAAAUUAAUUUAAAUUAAUUUCAACCAAUGGGAUAGCAACCACCACCGGAAGAUCGCGGAGAAAUCGGUAAACUCAACGGAGUUAAUUCAGAAAAAUACCAAAAAAAAUUGUUUGUAGGAUAUACAAUCUCUCUUUAUUUCUCAUCAUUCAUUUACAUUAUCUACUCCCGCACACACGUGUAUCUUAAGAGCCCCUCCUAAAGGGGGGCUUACUAAAGGGGGGCUUAUUAAAUAGAAUAUAUUGUCUGAACAAACCAAUCAUAAAGCAUAUUUUGAUUACUCUUUUGUCUCUAAUAUCCUUCCAGUUCGCCUCAAAUGCGGCCUUUUAUAGUGACAAUUUUUCUCUCUUUGUUUUUUACUUUUGACGAAAGCCGAAAUCCUUGAUUUCCGCAGGGGCCGUUGUGUGCUCUGAAGACAGAAUUUUAAGGGGCCUUUCUUCUUUUGCUUCAAGACCCAUCUUUCAAGUGUUGAUGGCAAUUUAUCAUUCUUCUGGCCAGGUGCCUGGUCUAGCUUGCUCGGUUACUUUGCCUGCUAAGAUUUGGCCCUGCCAGCGUCACUGUCCCGUGUCCAACUCCAAGAAGAGAUGACCCUGACGGUGAUUAUGUGAAUCACUUCUUCAUGCCCAAAAUGAGCUGUCAUGCUAGUGUCAUCAUUCUUGUGUGUUCCAGAACAACAGAUUGUUUCAAUGUGUGCCAGUGUACUGAACAAAAUCCAAAAUGAAGGUUGUUGCCCUGAUAAGUGGUGGUAAGGACAGCUGUUACAACAUGAUGCAGUGUGUUGCUGAAGGUCAUGAAAUCGUUGCACUUGCUAACCUCAGACCCAAAGACAAAGAUGAACUUGACAGUUAUAUGUACCAGACUGUAGGCCACCAUGCCAUUGACUGCUAUAAGGAGGCCAUGGGCCUGCCUCUGUAUCGCAGGACCAUUGAGGGUGCUUCCAUUGAGUUGGGCAAAGAUUAUGUCAAGAAUGAAGAGGAUGAAGUAGAGGACUUGUAUCAACUUCUCAAAACUGUCAUGGAUGAUAUCCAUGUUGAUGCUGUGUCUGUUGGAGCCAUACUGUCAGAUUAUCAAAGAGUCCGAGUAGAAAAUGUCUGCAUGCGACUUGGCCUGACAUCUCUAGCAUAUCUUUGGAGGAGAGACCAAACAACACUCCUCAAUGAGAUGAUAGCAAGUGGUGUGGAGGCAGUUAUCAUCAAGGUGGCUGCCAUGGGUCUGAAGCCAACUCCUCACCUUGGGAUGUCCCUGGCAAAAAUACAUCCCAUCAUGCUUAAUUUGGAAUCCAAAUAUGGUCUGAAUGUGUGUGGAGAGGGCGGAGAAUUUGAAACAUUCACUCUGGAUUGUCCUCUCUUUAAUAAGAAAAUUGUGGUUGAUGAAGUCGAGACAAUAAUUCAUUCUGAUGACACCAUUUCUCCUGUCGGCUACCUCAACUUCACAAAGAUGCACUUGGAAGAAAAAGAUCACGAUUUCAUAAAACUCUCUCACUCUGAUCGGAUAAAAAUGCUACCGAUGAAAACGAGUGGUCUUAUCUGCCGUGAACUUGGUCUUUCACCACCACCCGAUCUGCCUCCAGCUGGAGAUGUCCCUAAACCAAGUGUUUCCUCGUCUCAAAGAGAACCUAGCCAACCAAGCUGUAGAAUAGUUUCCUGUGAUGAUGAUAUCUUAGUUUCCAAUAUAUUCGGGAUGGCCUUAAGGUCGGAUUCUGAUUCAGUUGAAAGUGCUACAAAGACUGCCAUGGAUAACCUCAGAGAUGCUCUCGUGAGCUGUGACUUGACACUUGGUGCUGUGUUCAUGAUGCAUUUAUAUGUAAAGGAUAUGUCGCAAUUUGCUUUGAUAAAUGGCGUCUAUAAACAAUAUUUUGGAAUCAACCCACCGGCGAGGAUAUGUGUCGAGGCUGAUCUACCCGAAAAAAUGUUACUCCAAAUUGACUGUAUUGCCUGCCGGUGUGAGCGUUCAACCAUGCACGUUCAGGGUCUGUCACACUGGGCUCCGGCUAACAUUGGACCAUACAGUCAAGCUGUCACGAUUGGCUCCAAGGUGUAUGUUGCCGGCCAGAUAGCCCUCUGUCCAGCCACUAUGAAAAUCAUCGACGGUGGCAUAAAAGCCGAAUCCCGGCUGUCACUGCGUCAUGUCCAGCGAAUCCUGGCAGCAAAGCAUCCAGGUCUUCUGCUCCAUGGUGUUACCAUGGGGAUAUGUUACGUGACAUCAUCGAGUAGUAUACCAGAUGUGGAGGCAGAAUGGGAAAAAGCUUUAGAAGACGAGAGAGCAGUCGAAGACUUCAUCAGUGGUGAUAGUGUGCCUUUACUUCAAGUGGUGGUCGUGUCUGGCUUACCGAGGGGAGCUCUGGUGGAAUGGCAGGUGGUGGCUUCAGUGCCAGGAGCAGAAGAUGAUAAAUUAUUUGAUAUGGAGUCCUUAACUCCACUGCAUAGUGAAGACAAUAUAAAAGAAAUUGCACUGGAAGGCCUUAAAUACCGUUGUAUCUUAAGACAAAGAGGUACCCCUUCCAACAGGUGGUUACAUCUAGCCUUCACGGAUACAUUGGACAACAUUUCAGAAGGAGACCGUCUCCAUGCAUUUGACCAUUUGUUAAGAAGAGCUCAUCUUCUACCACAGUUUUCUAAAAGGGCGGUGGUAUUCAUCAGGACGGAUGCCUAUCAGUAUGCUGAUCUUCUUCAAGUGUUGACUAAUCAGUCUGCUCACCUUGAUAUGCCCUCAUGGACUCUAGUCCCAGUACGUGGCUUCCAGCAGCGAGAAAGCGUGAUCAGUAUAUGCGGCUGACAAUGAACAAGUUGCCAGACACGAAAGUUAAAAGUGAUCAGAAAACUGUGAUGUAACAUUUGCGAUUUUUGGAGGAUUUGCGUCCCCCAAAAGCGCUUCAUGAAAAGAUCUAUAUGCCUCAGCUCUCUUUGAGAACUUUGAAUUUUCGAAUCGGAUAAAAAAUAAAUCAUAUUUUGCAGGAUAUUGCAGUUCCAAGGACAGCAUUGUCACAUGUGAAAUAAAUCUAAAUUUCUUCAUUCUGGGCACUGCCACAUCCCUGGCAAAGAAAGCUGCAGUGGACUUGAACUUGACCAAGGACAUCCUAUCCAGGUUUUGGCAAGGGGGACUAUUGGCUGGUACUUGGCUGUCAAAUUGAUGGUCUCCGAGUGGCUAAAUGUAAAGGGAUGUAACAGGUGUCUGUUUUUACUUGAUAAAAUAUUUGUCUGUCCUCAUAAGCAUGCAUUGUUAAUAUAGUGCCAAAUGUACUUUGAGUUGAGACACGUGACAGCUAUUUGUUAGCACUUUAUACUAAUGAGUAUGUGAAAUAAUUGAAGAAGUCUGUGAUGUAACAAAACUUGGAU